GCCAAGGUUCCCAUUUUGCAAAAUUUGUCUGUAGUAACAUGAAAAUUAUAUAUUAAUUAUUAAAUUAAGUUGGAGUCAUAUGAAUACAUAGCAUAAGUAGUAUAAAUAAAUAUACCAAUUGUUCAUCUUUGGUUUUGGAGUUCAACACUAAUUUACAAUUACUGGAUAAGGUAAACAACAUGCCUUAAAUAAGGUAAACAAUGAUUACUACCUUAAAAUAAGUUCAACGACAUGGCUUAUUAGAUAAACAACGUGCUUAAAGUACGGUAAACGACAUGCGUUAUUUAGGCACGUUGUUUACCUAAAUUAAGGCAUGUUGUUUACCUAAAAAGUCAUCUAAUUAGGUAAGCAACGUGCCUUAAAAUAAAGUAAAAAAAUAUGUUUCUUUAGGUAAACAACAAUUAUAUGACAUAUCUAUUUGAAUGAAAAAGUCUAAUGUUAUGCUGUUAUGACCAUUUUUGGUAUGAGAUCUGAGGGCUUUCUUUGACUAUUCAUAUCCUCUUAAUUCAAUAUCUUAUAAUGCUCUAUUGUUGAAAUUUUCUUCAUUCAUUUUGCUUUGUAAAUUACCAAAUAUUAUUUUUUCUGCAUGAUGGUGACAAUAUUACGCAUUGAGUCACUGUUUGGUUUUUUGUUAGAUGAAUUUUGCUUCAUUUAAUUUGUUUCUAAUUAAUUGCAUGUUAUUCUCCUCUCUUAUAAUAAAAUUGUUGGAUGCAUUUUGCUUCAUUCAAAUCAAGCAUGGGCAAUGACAACACUGUAUUUUUUGUGAAGCUUUGUUUAAUAUAAGUAGACAGAAUAUAGUUAUUCCGUGUUGGUUUUGUAUUUGAUAUCCUAGUCAGCUUCUUGUCAUCUCAGGUUAGCCAAUUAGGUGUCAUUGACUGUUACGACAGUUGCAACAAACACUUGGCUACUUCCUCUUGUUGCUAACAUCAUAGGAGGAUGUAGUAGCCAUCCUUGGUAUGGCGAGAAAAUAUAACAGGAAGUACAAAAAAAGAAAAUCAUCAACACCUUAUCAAAAGGGACUGACUUUUUCCAAGGUUAUGCCAAAGGGUGCUGCUAAAAAUACAACAUUUAGUACCAAUGAAGAAGGUGUUUUUUAUAAGGAAAUUACUGAGAAUAUAAAGGAAGUCGCUGAUAAUAGAAAAGAGCUUUCUGAGAAUAGAAAGGAGCUUUCUGAGAAUAGGAAGGAGCUUUCUGAGAACAAGAUAGAGUAUUCUGAGCGUAGGAAAGAAAUUUCUAUUCUUGGAAAAAAAUUAGAUGAGAUUCGUGAAAAUAUUAAUGAUCUCGUUGGAAUGAAAGAUGAUGCCAAACGUGUCGAAGAUCUUCUCCGAGCAUUGUGUAAUCAACGAGAGAAGGAUAUAGAAAGAACUAAAGUGGAAGAGAAAAAAUUGGCUGCACAAAAGGACUUGGAGGAGUGCAUCAAUGAUUUAAAAUCCGGGAGAAUCGUUCUUAGCAAAAUUCGCAUUGUGUUGCUCCUUCUCCAUCAAUUUUAAAAGCUGUCAUACAAGAUGACAAUAAAUUCUUUUAUCAAAAGCGACCGAAAAUUUCCAAGAGAAAAAGAUCUAAUGAAGAUAAAAAAGUACAAAAGUCGUAUUUUUCGGUAGCGAGCAAGGAGGACAUGACUUCCGUCUAUCAUUCUUCAAGUGCAGAAAUUCCACCAACAAUUAUUGCUUCACCACCUUCGUUUUCAACACUUGUUGAAACAACUGUAAUCAAAGGAAAUGAUAUACAUCCCAAUCGUGAUCCUCCAGUCGACUCCCAUCCAAAUUAUGUUGAUAUUUCUCCAACAUUUUUGACACCAGAAAAGAAGAUAAAUUGUUUCUCAGGCAACUUUCCAUUUGAUAGUGAUUUUGAAGCUAUGCCUUCAAAGGAAGUAGCUGAUGCUUUCUUAGAGUGGUAUUCAAAAGGCAUGAACAUGAAACGCAAGAAUUCUCCAUCUUCUCCUCCAUUUGUUGGAAAAAAUGACAUUAUCACUUUUCAAAGUGGAAAGAAGUUCAAAUUGGGUACAACACGUGUUACAAGGAAGAGGUGGUUCUUCGAUAUAUAUGAUGCUAAAGGUCUUUUAUCAGAUGAACAUGUUGAUACAUCUCUGUAUUAUUUGCGAAAGAAAGCAUUAUACCAUAGAUGUUGCCCUUCAUUUUUGAAAUGCACUACAACAAGUUGUCUUUUUGAUUUCUACAUGGGUCAAGUUUGUAGGGAUGUUAGUUCAUUGGAUGAAAUUCAUUUAAGGAAGAUAUUUUCAGAUAUAAAAAAGUUUGACCAAGGUGAGAUUAUGAAGCAUCCGUGCCAUUCAAUAAAAAUCUUGAUUAAUAUGAUUAAAGGAGAUUGUAUAGAGUUUUCGAAGCCAUGGGUGGAUCUUAAUCAUGUUUUUAUGCCAUUGUGUCUUCAAGGAGGUAUUUCUUUAGCUCAUUGGUUCCUAGGUGUUUUAGGAAUAGAUGAAAGAAUUAUCUAUAUCUAUGACUCAUUUUAUAAGGCCAAUGAUGAAGCUAUAAAAAAUUAUGUGAGAAACUACUGCAAAGUUCUUCCAUUCAUUCUUGAGCAUUUGGGAUUUCAUCAAAAACGUAAACAAUACGCUGUUGGUCAUGAAGAAUUCAAGUUAGUUUGGAUUGAUGCUCCUCACCAAGGAAACCAAACUGAUUGUGGCGUUUACCUCAUCAAAUUUGUUGAAUUAUUGAUGAUGGGGGAGUCUCACUUCCGUAUUAGCCAAAACAAUGUUGAAGACAUGAGAAGAAAAAUGGCCAUAGAAUUUUGGGACCAUGCAUGCAUCAAAUUGAUUGAUGAUUGUAAAACUCCAUCAGUUCAAAUAUGCAAAUAUGAUCAGUGAGAGUGUUUCCAGAUGGUUCAUUUUCGUGUUGGUUUAGUGAAAAUUAUCUAAUGAACGUAUUUCAAUUUCUAGUUUCAAACCGAUUAGUUGUUUGAGUUGUUGGACAGAUGUAAAUUUUCUAUUUCUAGUUUUAAACAAGCAUGGUUAGUUUUGUCUGUUAGUUUUGUUUACCUUUUUUAAGGAAUAAUGUUUGUCUAGAAAGAUUUCUAAUAUUAGAUAAGUAACAUGCCUUAAAAUAA